CCGCCAACCGCUGGCACCAGAGGCCGGAGGCUGGAGGCUGUGGGGGUGCCAGUCCACACUGAGGCGUGACGUGGGGAGGAGUGCCAGUGCCAGACUGACCCUCGCCCGCAGUGCGCGCGAUCUUCUUAAGUUUGAGCAUCACACAGCCUUAACUUAAGUGCCAAAAGGACUCCGCUGUGAUCCUGGAAUAGACGGAAAGUGAGAGGGAGGAAGAGAGAAAGAGAGAGAGAGAGAGAAAGUGAAGAAACACGGAUCCUGAAUGUUUGGCAAGAACGAACAGAAAUAUUUCCAGCGACUCAUUAAGGUGAGCUUCCCACUGCCCAGACCUGACCAGCUACCGCCUCGCCUGUACUCCCUCUGAACAGACUUUCACGGACACCGGAGAAUUAUAGGCACCGCAUCACUGCCUGCGUCUCAGUGUGUCUGUGGCCUUAGCUCAGAGAACCUCCCCCGCCACUGCUGCUGCUGCUAAGUCUUGAUGUGUCCCUUCAUUCUCUCUUAAAUGUAGCAGUGAGUUAACGCUUCACAGUGUUAAAUUAGUGGCCAGCCUGUGAUGGACCGUCGGUGCGCGAGGCCCAGGCGGUGAUGAGGCGGCCGGUGGGCGUAAGUGGCGGGGAAGCUGAGCCCACCCCUGCCUGCCACAUCCCCCUCACCCCCCUGCAGGCCGGGGCGGACCCGACGUGCGUGGUGGCCGCACACCACCCCGCCCACCACCACACCGCUCACCGCAAGCAUGGUAUUCGCCCCGUGGCUCGUCGCACGCGCUCCUCCCCCGCCCCCUGGACCCCCGGCCUCCCGGCAGAGCCCCUGGACGUGCGGCUGCUCUCAGGGGGGCCAUCCAGGGAGCGGGAGUCCCCCCAUGACGCCCACUGCGAAGAUACUGGCCCGCCCACGCUGGGGGACGACCUGCUCCACCGCCCAUGUUGCUGCGCCCAUUGUGUCCCCGCCUCCACGUCUGAAAGACUGGUGGAGGUUGAUUCAGCAAGUGCAGGUGGUGAUGGUGGUGGUGGUGGUGGUGGCGGUGGUAGUGGUGGCGGUGGAAGUGGUGAAGGUGGUGGUGGGGGUGGUGGUGGAGGAGGGGGAGGUCACCACAGAGCUGCCAGUCACGUGACCUCUCUUGACCUGACCAGGAGACAUCUGCUUCAGGCCGCUGAUUCUCAAGACCACGAGAGCGGCGAGAACGGCUUCCUCUCUCCAGGCAGCCUAAGAACCUCCCUUGCUGACGACGCUUGUUCUGAAAUCCUUCGCUUGGAACACAGAGACUCAGAGGAGCGCCCGAAGAGGAACACCCUAGCUAGACUCCUCUCUACGCUACAGACUCUCCGGUCGUGGGCGUCAACUAGCCAGCAGCAGGAGCCGGAGAGGCCAGACAGUUUCCUGGAGAAGAUGGCGAUGGCGGGCCAAAUGAGAGAGGCCGAUGACACCACGCAUACCUUCUGCUGCGGCGUGCUUCCAGGAUACUUCGCAAUCGACACCACCAAGCCUGCUCACUACAAGUGGCUGUUCGUGAUGACCGCUGCGCUGCUGUACAACUGGGUCAUGAUCAUUGGUCGUGCUGUGUUCUGGGAGCUGCACAACCUCAGUCCAGUGUUGUGGUUGUUCCUUGAUUAUAUAUGUGAUGGCGUCUACUUGGUUGACAUGGGAGUCCGCGCUCAUGAAGGCUACCUGGAGCAGGGCCUGAUGGUGAAGGAGCCCACCAAGCUAAGGAGAAAUUAUGUGAAGUCAUGGAACUUCAAGCAAGAUGUGGCCUCCAUCCUGCCCACUGACCUGUUCUAUCUGCUGACUGGCACAGGAGGCGACCACCAUGUACCAGGACCUGUGCUUGUCAGAAUCAACAGGUUACUCAGGUUUCCUCGGAUGAGCGAGUUCUUCAACAAGACCGAGACUCGCACCAACUUCCCCAAUGCCUUCAGGAUAUGCAAGGUGGUGCUGUACAUUCUCAUCAUCAUCCACUGGAACGCCUGCUUUUACUUUGCCAUCUCCUACGGCAUUGGCUUCAGCACCGACCGCUGGGUGUACAACAACACUUUGCAGGAGAGCAGGACCUUCUCCCAUCAGUAUAUCUAUAGCUUCUACUGGUCCACCCUCACUCUCACCACCAUCGGAGAGACACCACAGCCAGAGAAGGAUGUGGAGUACCUGUUUGUGGUGGUGGACUUCCUGGUUGGGGUCCUCAUCUUUGCCACCAUUGUCGGGAAUGUGGGUUCCAUGAUAACUAACAUGAAUGCAGCACAGGCAGAGUUCCAGAAUCGAAUGGAUGGAGUGAAGCAAUACAUGGAAUUCCGCAAGGUAUCCAAAGACUUAGAGACUAGAGUCAUCAAGUGGUUCGAUUACCUGUGGAGCAACAAGCAGUCCCUGGAUGAGGAAGGGGUGCUCAAGUCACUGCCAGACAAACUCAAGGCUGAGAUUGCCAUUCAUGUUCACCUGGACACCCUGAAGCAAGUCCGUAUCUUCCAGGACUGUGAGCCGGGACUGCUGGUGGAGCUUGUACUCAAACUCAAGCUGCAGGUGUUCAGCCCAGGUGACUUUGUGUGUCGCAAGGGUGACGUGGGCAAGGAGAUGUACAUAGUGAAGAGAGGAAGGUUGUCAGUGGUGGCUGACGACGGCAAGACAGUCUAUGCCACACUCGGGGCCGGCAGUGUGUUUGGAGAGGUGUCUAUUCUGAACAUUGCCGGGAAUAAGACUGGCAACCGAAGAACAGCCAAUGUGAGGAGUGUCGGCUACUCAGACCUCUUCUGCCUCUCCAAGAAUGACCUCUGGGAUGCCCUGACCGAGUACCCUGAGGCAAAAAAGUCCCUGAUGGAGCGAGGCCGCCAGCUUUUGAUGAAGGAUGGCCUGCUGGACGAGGAGGGACUCAAGGCAGCACAGGAGCAGCAGGAAACCUUAUCAGAGAAAGCUAACCGCCUUGACACGGCCAUUGACACCCUCAACACCAGGCUGGCACGGCUGCUGGCAGAGUACUCCAGCACCCAGCAGAAGAUCAAGCAGAGGCUCACCCGGAUAGAGAGACGCCUCGAGUUUGACCUGGAUGCCAUGGUGCCCUCCUCACCCAGACUGAGUCCCAACAUCACCCUAUCCCCCAGAGGUAGUGUUUGCCCCUCACCAUUCCAGCUGGGGGCUGCCCCUUCUUCCCAGGCCAGAGAGCACACCCCCUCCUCCGCCCCCUGCGCUGGAGAGGGUGACUGCUCCAUAUCUGGCUCAUCCACCCUUCAGGAUAACCUUUACUCAGGCCACCAUCCCCUCACCCCUGCUGGCAGCACACAGCAUCAUCCACCCAGCCAGCAGAGCACCUCCCUCCCCUUUGCAGCACCCAACACACAUGUGCCUCCGUCACCGCCGCGCAGGGACACAAUAUAGUGCCCUCUCUCACCAUGUGGCUGUCAUAUCACACGCUGCUGUCUCUCCUCUAUCACAUUUUUAUCCUCAAAAUAUUUUAAAAUGCAUGAGUUCAUUUAUGCACCUAAUGCUAAAGUAUGCAAUCUUCCUUAUGGCAGCACGUACAUUUUUCUUACAUACAUAGGUUUUAAUGGCUUACUGAGUGAGUUGCCUGUGAAGGUGAUGCCUUGUAAAUGUCAUUGGUUUUGUCUUGUGUGUUGAGGUUAAUGUCCUUAUUUGCACACUGUGUUUGACAAAAUGGUCUCCCUCACUUUAGUCUUGCAAUUAUUUCACCAAAAAUCAAGUAAUUCUCAGAUCUGUUGUCCUUGCCUAUGUAUUUCUCAAGCCUACAGGAGCUAUUCAUUCAUACAAGACCAGCCAACAUCCAUGUAUUUUCAGGUAGUAAUGCUGAGUGAGGAAAAAGUGUAAGGAAAUCAUCAGGCAUCAGGUGUAGGUGUUAUCAGGAAUAUUAUGGGCAGGGCUUUUGUUAUCUUGGCUGGCCACCAGGUGUAGGGCUUAUCAGGAUUGGGGCCUGGCAAGGGUAGGGCCUUUGUUAUCUUAAAUGUAACCAACGCACAAAGUGUACUUUUCAAUUGAACUUCUCUAAGGGAGGAACAUUAUGGCUGAGACACACUCACAAACACAACAAAGAAAAAGCUUCCUAUUUUCUCCGAGGUGUUGAAUUAGGCUGUUGAUAUAUUUUUCAUUUGAAGGUGUGUGUGUAUGUGUGUGUGUCUGUGUGUGUGUGUGUGUGUGUGUGUGUGUGUGUGUGUGUGUGUGUGUGUGUGUGUCUGUGUGUGUGUGUGCUUUAACCUUAAGCUAAAUACUGUAGUAAUAAUCACCUGAAAGUGAUACCUUGAAAACAUUUUUAGAAAGGUAUCAUUGUACUAAUUAUUGUUUGUAUAUCACCAAAAAAAAAAAAACAUUUCACUCUUCUUCCAGAGUAAUAAAAUGACCCUUUCCAUUAUGUGAAUAAAUACUUACAUUAUUUUCUAUGUAAAUACACAUAUGUAGCAUUUCAUCUGUAACUCUCAAGUACAGGGUUCAUAAACUCUGCUUAUUUACUUCAUCUCUUUUCUUCCAGUAUUUUUUUUUAUUGUUUUUUCUUACUAUUACUGGCAUAAUGAUAAUGAUGAUGAUGAUUUGCAUUCAUGCUUUAGCAAUAUGAUUAUUCUAGUUAUGUUUUAGUCAUGAACAUGUCUGUUGUAAUGCCUCUCUUUGGACACUCCAUAGAAGCACUGGAAUAUUGAUCCACAGGUGAAGUAAAUCUUUAGCUGUCAGGGCCGUAGGCAGGGACUAGACCCCCACAGCAGAACAAAAGUGCAGCACCUUAGUUGCCAGCACAUUGGCACCUGUGAGGCCCUAAGAGAAAUUUUGGUGUUUGUCCUCCUGGUCACUAUACUAUUCCAUUCAAUAAUUUGUAAUUACAGAACACCAUAUUUUCAUAAUCUAUAAAAGGCAUUUUCAUGUCAUUUGUUUUUAAAAAUUUUUAAACAAUGAGAAAUUUUACAGGUAGAGUUAUUGACAGAUGCACCAACACCCCUUUGGUGCCCAGCCUGGCACCAUGGUGCCACCAUAUGGCACAGUGGCCAGCCUGACACCAUAGCACCACCCACAUGUGGCACAUUGGCCAGCCUGGCACCAUCAUGUGGCAUGGUGGGCAGCCUGGCACCACCGUGUGGCACAGUGGCCAGCCUGGCACCACCAUGUGGCACAGUGGCCAGCCUGGCACCACCGUGUGGCACAGUGGGCAGCCUGGCACCACCAUGUAGCACAGUGGCCAGCCUGGCACCACCAUGUGGCACAAUGGCCAGCCUGGCACCACCAUGUGGCAUGGUGGGCAGCCUGGCACUACCAUGUGGCACAGUGGCCAGCCUGGCACCACCAUGUGUUACAGUGGCAGCCUGGCAUCAUGGUGUGCUGUCACAGGGUGUGCUGGACCAUUGUGUCUUGCACCAUGUGUGGGAAGCAGACAUGACUCAGUUUGUGCUCAGCCAUUACUGUGCCACUGACAUCUCACAGAGCAUUCACCUUCCAAAUAUUUCUUGUAACUUUGUGUUUUCCCUGAGUGCUAAAUCCUCUAGGCAGGUGUGAGCCACAUGUGAUUGCUGCACCUGUGGCUGUUCAGGUGUUAAUUUGGUGGCUUGAGAUUUUAUGAGAUUCUUCCUAAUUGGUACCUGAGUCAUACACAUGUUCACUUUUGGCCCAGGAGAACUGUGCACUUCUUUUGGAAGAAGACAGUGGAGGAGAAGCAGGCACUUCCUGAGGACCUGCUGUGUUUGAUCAAGGCUGUGUUCAUGGAUUGUUUCAUUACAUGACAGAUUCAAAUGCACUGACAUCAUUUCAUUCCAAAGACUCAAACAUGAAUAUUGUUACUGUGACCUUUCUGUACCCAUGCAUACUCGUACAUCAGUUUCAUGUCUCAUUUUUAAGAGUUUAAAGAUUAUAUCCUAGUUUAAAGUUAGGGUAACUUUGUGACAUGCCUUUGAAAGUGUAUUCCUUAGGGUUAUGCAAUUUUAGACAUGAGGUGCAGACUUGUUACACUGGUCCACUGUGGAACAUGUGCUGCGCCUCUGCAAAACAUGUUGAUAUUACAACUACUGUAGGUUAAGGCAUGCAUUGGUUACACAGAUAUAAAAUAUAUAUAUAUAUGAAUAUAUGAAUAUAUAUAUUAAUGUAUGUUGAAUGUUACAUGAGAAAUGUUAACUAUAUAUUUUGCACAGAGCACAC